AAAGAAAGGAAAUAAAUAAACAAUGUAUAAGGGACAUAUAUAUGAAGAAUCUCUUCAAAUUUAAAUUACAAAAAAUGAGACAACAUACUUAUAAUGAGUAUCUUGUAGCGAUUUGACAUCUACUUGUGUAAAAAUUAACUUUUGAGGUUAUUCAAUCAUUAUAAAAUGAUAGAAGAAAGAAAUAAUAAAAGGUAUACCAUGUACAUCGGUGGUAUUUUUUCAACUUUAAAAUUUGAUAUAGACGUCGUAGACAUCCCCUCAAGACAACCAUGCGUAACCAAUUUAGAUGUAUUCUUUCUGGUAUGUUCAAUUAUAAUGCACUUAAUUGACAUGGCAUUUGAUAUCAACAUCGCGGUAAGAUAUCUACUGGCAAAUAAAGUAAUAUAUUUUAUUUGGACCCUUGUCUUUCUACUUAUUCCAUCUUUUAUAAAUGUAAUUAUUAGUAGAAGAAUGCAACAUCAAGACGAAAAGACAGAGUCAGAGUUGGCGCAAUUAGAAAAUCAUAAGUCUUGUACGCAAGUGAUGAUUAAGAAGAAAAUAUAUUGCGUCUUGGCGGUGGCUUUCCAAUUAGCACCUGUGAUACGUUAUUAUGAUACUUUGAUUUAUGCUUUAAAGGCACGUAAAUGUGAGAAAGUAGGUGAUCGCAAUGGCCAAAGACGAUAUUAUCUUAAAAUGCUUAAGGAAGAUCAAGACGUUGCGCUCUUGAGAAUAUUUGAAUGCUUUCUAGAAGCAGCACCUCAGCAAGUUCUGCAAUUAACUAUUUUAUUGAAGCAUUAUAACAGAGACAUAAAUCUUGAAUUUAUACAUCAAGUCUGUAGUAUUGUUAGUUCUUUAGUCAGUAUGGGUUGGGCCAUGGCAAGUUACAAUCGCACCAUUCGAUUGGCCCAACAUGAUAAGGAAAUAAUUAACAUUCGAGGUAGCAUAUGUCAAUUUUUGUGGCACUUCCUUGUUACAGUCUCAAGAAUAUUAAUUGUGAGUUUAAUUGCCAGUAUAUGGCCGUUAUACACCGGUAUCGCUUGUAUCUGUCAUUGGAUUGCCAUGACAAUUUGGAUUUUGAUCGAUUCACAUGGUAUAUUACAGUUUUGUCGUAAGAAUAAUCGUGCUCCUCAUAUGAGACCAACGAUAACGGAACGAUUUUAUUCCGUGCUUCUUGCAUUGGUCAUAGGUCUACUCCAUAUAUUUGUAUAUUUAAAUAUUAUAGAUGGCAAUACUUUUUUAAAACAUGCCUUUUUUUACAGCCUAUGCUUUUUUGAAAAUGUUAUCGCUAAUCUUCUUUGGAUGUUUAAUUUUUCUAUAGAAGCAAAACAUUCUUGGUACUUUUUUCUAUACAUUGUUCCUUCCACGGUGCCUUUCUUGUUAGGUAUCACUGCCAUGAUUCUUUAUUAUACACUUUAUCAUCCAGUUAGGAAGAGUCAACCACAAUCGAGCUUAAAUAAUGAAGAUUGAUCUUUAUGAUAAAGUGCAAAAGAUAAUACUUAAGUAGAUAAAUGUCGCAUUUAAUAUUAUCAUAUCUCAUGUGUCGCGCGUGCGGCACACGUAACAUUCCCUAAUAAUUUAUUAAUUUUUAUAUGAAUUUUGUAAUACUUAGACGUAUAAGAGAAGAAAAUAAGAUGUAUCGAUCUUCCGUAAUCUAUAGUAACACUAUCUUAGGUGAUUUAUAUACGCUAAAAGAUGUAAGAAUUAGAAUAAAUUGUAUAUGUAAAC